AUGAUAAGAGCGCGAAACGACAACAAUUGUCUGAUAUCACGCGAGGAAUACGAGCCUAGAGUCGAGCUCACGAAGAUACAGUGGCGCGUGCCGCACAUGGUGUUGAAUGACGUCAAUAAAUUAUCGCUGUUGCGCGCGUUGGACAGCGGCCGAUAUCUGAGCGCGAUAUCUGAGCCCUUUCGCUCGUGGAAUCUCUACGAGUUUCCGUUUCUGCAGAGCACGGCUAAACACUCGUGGGCCGUAAAAGCGACCACGCAGCUCGAGAAAUCGCAUUACGUCAUCUUCGCAUUGCAGAUCGGAAGGAAGAACGUCCUGUCGCAGGACGCUUCCAGAUUCGACGCGUGCAAUCUGACCAACGUAAAGUUGUAUCUCAAUUCCGACUUCUAUCCGCACGACGAUAUGAAUUUGGACUUCGAUAAGAACAAGAUCGCCGUACUGUACGAUGCCUACGCGAGAUUUCGACGAUCGUAUUAUGGAUCCGCGAGCGACGAGACGCUCCUGACUGUGAACAAAUUUCUAUACUGCGGCCCGCUCUUAGUGAUAGAUUGUUCCCGCCAAAAUGAAGUGGUUAGGAGCGCCACUGUGGACGUUCGUCUGGAAUUCGACUGCAAGGACAAUGUUCCUUCUAACAUCACGGCGUACUGUUUAAUCAUUCACGAUCGCGUGGUGGAAUAUAAUCCGCUGACGAACGUCGUGCGUAAGAUCCUGUAA